AUGGCAAUGUCUACAGGGCACCUGCUGCCGCCCCAGUUGGCGCCACGCCGGGACCCUUCGCCGCCCCGCGGCCCACCUCCGCUGCGCGGGGGCUCCCCCCGCGGGAGCUUCGUGCCGCCGCCGCCGCCGCCAGCGCUGGCGCCGGAGGCAGAGGCGGAUGGCCGGCGAGCCGGUCCUGAGGCGAUGCUGGAGCCCCCGCUCGCGGCGGAGCUGCGCCCCCCGCAGCGGGAGCUCGGCAUCGCGCAGACCGCCGAGCUGCUGCGGCGCUUCCGGCGGGAGGAGAACCUGCUCACGGAGCUCAGCCUCGCGGAGCUCGAGGACUUUGCGGAGCUCUGCUCGCCUUUGUCCUUCAAGCGCGGGGAGCUGCUCUUCGCGCGCGGGGAGCCCUGCAGCUGGCUGGGGCUGCUUCUCGCCGGCCGCGCCUCCGCGCUGCUGCCCGGCGGAGCGUCCGGCGGCGGCAGCGGGGAGCUGCGUUUGGGGGAGCACGCGCCCGGGGAGAUGCUGGGACUGGCGCGGGUGGCGCUUUGGGAGCGCAGUCACGCGCGGCCGUACACUUUGCGAGGCUUGGACGAUGGCUGCAUCGCGGUUCUCAGCUACGACCAGCUCGAGAGCUUGCGCCGGGCGCGGCCGGGCUUCCACCACGCCUUGCUUCGCGCGCUGCUUCUGCAGCUCGCGGACGGAUGCGGCGCCUUCUUCCGCGGCUGCCCCGUCUCCAACAACCUGAAGUGGAGCCUUGGGAGCUUCACGGAACGAAGGAUCCUGGACUUCCUGCUGCAGCUUCGGGACCAGGGGAAGCUGCUGACCAACCUGGACUACCACGCCCUGCUGGCUCUAGCCUGCAGACUGCGGGUCACCCAGUGGCAGGCGCGCAGCAACGUGCUGUCCAAGGGCGAGCCGCUGAGCGGCUGCCUGAUCUUGCUGGACGGCAAGUUCACGGGCUUCCGGGACGCAGGGGGCAGCCCCUCCCUGUUCUUCGGGCCCGGGGACUGCGUCGGCCUGGAGUUUCUGCUGGGCGGGGUGCAGCCUUGCCCCCUGGACAUCUUCGCGGCGCGGCCCAGCCUCGCCGCCCUGCUGCUGCCCUCGGACCUUGAGGAUUUGCGCCGGGAGUAUCCCGGUCUAGCCACGCAGUUGCUGCAGGCGCUCUACAGCAAGCUGUUCCUGGAGCUCGCGGCGCCCCAGCCGGAAGCGCUGCUGCUGCUGGCGGAGGCCACGGAGCGUUUGCGCUUCGCGCCGGGCCACCGCCCAGCCUACCCGACGCCCUUAAGGUACCCCGGGCUGCUGACGCCAGAGGAGGCCACGGUCGCGCUGAAAAUGGCGGAGGCCACGGCUCCGAAGCCGCGGUGGGUGAACCCAUCUCACAGCAGCAAGGUCCUGGAAGGAACGGCAGCGCGGGAGGAUGCGGCCAUCAGGCGGUUCUUGACCGACCCCUAUGGCUUGACAGCCUCCUGGGCUGAGCAGGAGCCUGCGAAGGCAGAGUGGCUGCUGGGCUCCUUCCUCACGCAGAAGCUGGUGGACAGCCAAAUUGCUGGACCCGAACACAGAGCCAAAGCGCGAGAGGCUGCUCUGCAGGCCAUUGGCCUUGAGACCCGGCGGCCUGCCCUCUCCGAUGGAAGGCACCCACUGUCGCCCGCGGGCGGCUUCGAUGGCUUUGGGGCCAACGUGGAAGCCAGGAUAGGCCUCAGAAGCCCCGAGCGCGCCCGCGAUCGCUCGCGCGAGCGCGAGUCUCCCCGCAGCCGCUCACAUUGGAAGGAGGCCGGGCUCAAAGCCGCCGCGGCGGAGCGCGGGCGCUCGCGCCCCAGCUCGGCGCCGCCCUCCAAAAGCGGCGCUUCCUUUGGGGCGGCGCCGGCGCGCGGGGCAGCGCCGCAAUGGCCCAGCAGCGCGCCAGGUGCUGAGCAGGGCAUCAUGGACCUGAUGAGUGCCCCGCCUCCGUCGUUCAAUUGCCCGCAUUGCAACAAGAAGGUGCACCUGCCGAAGAGUUUGACGCCCAGCAGCCUGGAAGCUGGCGUGGUCAAGACAGGGCCUCGAAGUCGAAGAGGAGAGGAGGAGGGGCUUCAACCUCAGCGCCGCAAAGUGGCCAAGGUGGUUAGCUCCACCUACCGGCACGGGAAUCGUGCGGACUUCUAUGUUGAUGGUAAGAAAGUGGCCCUGGAGUCGGGGAAGUGGCAGCUGCAUGAGUACCAAAGGCGCGGCUUCAACGUGGUCACCUUGGACCCCGACUCCCAGCAGAUCAUCUCCGCCAUGUCUUACGAUGUCUCCGGAAGUGGAAAUGUGGCUGCUGCCCAGCUGGCUGCGGACCUCAAUGCGCUGCCCGAGGGCCGCGUGGUCCUCAUCGCGGUGCGUGGCAGCGGCAUGGAAGCCUUGAGUGGCGCGGCUGUCCGUGCGCUGGGCCGGGUGGGCGCAAGCUCCGCAGUGUCCGGGGGCCGAUCACAGGAAGGCUACGCACUCAUCGGGAUCAAAGGAGGCGAGGCGGCGGCGGAGCGUCGCGGGCACCAUGUGGAGGUGGAGGCGAAGCUGCCGCGGCCUCCGUGGCAGGACGCAUCGAAGCGGGGUGACACCAUGGCGGCGGACCCCUCCUUCGCCCCAACGGUCGAGAGGCUUCAACUGCGGCAGCUGUUCCGCGCAGUGCUGCUGGUCGCCUCCAGCUUCUUCCGAGACGUCUCCAGCAGAAAGAAGGCUUGGGCUUUGGCCGCGGCGCUGCUGGUGACCAUGCUGAUCUUCGCCUUGCUGCAGAUGUGGUUCCUCACCACGCUGCGGGAAUUCCAGAAUGCGCUCCACGACCAGGACCAAGACCGGUUCUUGUCCGCACAGAUGCGCCUCAUCAGGGUCUUUUUGACCAUCAUGCCGCUGAUGAUGGUGCAGGCGCUCUUGCGGGGCACUUUGUCUUUAGAGUGGCGGCGUCACCUCACGGAGGUCUUACUGAAGCGGUACAUUGGCGACAACAAGAUGUAUUAUCGCCUCAAGCUGUUGGGCCGCGGCUUGGAUAACCCCGACCAGCGGAUCGCCCAGGACUGCGGGGAGUUCACCGACGUGAUCCUAUCCUUUGUUACCACGGUUCUGCAGCAAGUGAUGCUCAUCCUGGUGCAAGCGGGGCUUUUGCUCACCAUCUCCCACCAUAUUUUCUACUUCUUGGUCCUCUACGCGCUCUCUCUGAACGUCCUGUCCUUCGCGGUCUUCGGCGGCCCCUUCACCCGGCUCCAGCGCACCAUGCUGGCGCAAGAGGCCACCUUCCGCUUCAGCCUGGUGCGGAUCCGCGAGCACGCGGAGCCGGUGGCCUUCUUCGGCGGCCACGGCUUCGAGCUGCAGCGCUGCGCGGAGCUCUUCGCGCAGCUGCUGCGGACCUUGUACCGAUUGCUCUACGUGUCGAUCUGCUUCGUGCUCAUCGAGUCCUCGACGGGAUAUGCGGCCCACGUGGUUCCCUUUGUGAUGCUCGCAGGGAGGUACUUCGCCGGCGCCAUGGACUUCGGCGCCAUGAUGGAGGCGGCCGCGGUGCUGGGGGCGCUGCAGGGCGCCUUCACCACGCUGGUCUCGCAGCUGGGUGCCAUCACCAACAUGGGGGCGCAAGCCAUCCGCAUCCAGCAGCUUUGGGAUGCGCUGGAAGAGCCGGACAUGGAUGACGUGGGCAUUCAGACCGAGAUUCUUUCUGCAGAGGAGCCUUGCCUGGAACUGGAGCGCCUCACGCUCUUCCCGCCCAGAGGGCACUUGCCGUUGCUGCAGGACCUUUCCCUGGAGCUGCGGACAGGUGAGUCCUUGCUCCUUUGCGGACCCAGUGGCAUUGGCAAAAGCUCGCUGCUGCGCGGCAUCGCCGGGCUCUGGCAUCGAGGUAGCGGCACCAUACGGCGGCGCGCCACCAGGGAGAUCGCCUUUCUGCCGCAAGAGACGUAUCUCUGCCUGGGCUCCCUGCGGGAGAAUACCACGUAUCCUGCGACCGCUGCGAAGAAUCCCAGCGACAUGGAUGUGCAGGAGGCGCUGGAAAUGGCGAACCUCUCUUACUUGGUGAAACGCUUUGGCCUGGACGCCCCGGUGGACUUCGACUCCGUGCUGAGCGGCGGGGAGCGCCAGCGGUUAGGCUUCGCACGGCUCAUGCUGCAGCGACCGAGAUUCGCCAUCUUGGAUGAGGCCACGUCCGCGCUGGAUGUGACCAACCAGACUGCGAUGUACCUCAACCUAAAGAGGCAGGUGGGGAGCUACGUGUCGGUGGGCCACUCCGUGAGCCUCGAGGCCUUCCACACCCAGAAGUUGGUCAUGGAGAGGGGCGCGGGGCAGUUCGCCGCGUGGCAUCUGGAGCCCAUUCAGAGCGGCCCGGCCGAAAGCCAAUUGGAAGCCGGAGUGGGCAGAGAGCCCCAGGAUUUGUCGUGGUACUUCCAGCAGCAGAAGCGAUUUCUGGAGGACCUCAAGGUCAGCGAAGACCGGCAUGACGCCUGGAACUCCAAGGUCUUCAUGCAGGAGGAGGAGAUCGAGAAGCUGAAGCAGCAGGUGAGGAAUCUGGAAGAAGAGAGGGAUGGCCUGCGCAAGGACAUGAAGGAGGCGGUGCGUGAGCGUGACGAGUGGCAGGUCUCAGCGUUGCGGGUGAUGUCGAAGCGGGAGUUCAGAUCCAGCGUGGAAGCCUUGGAGGCGGCCCGGCGAAGGUCCUUCAGCCUGGGAGACUCUGGGAGCUUCCAUUGGUGGAAAGAGGAAACUGAGUGGCUGGACGAAAAGGCCGCUACCGCCCUAAGCUCUCUGAAGCAGGCAGGCCCUUGGCAUGAGCACCGCCUGAGCGCGCGAGCGCUGAGGGGCAAAGCUUCCCCGGAGCGCCGUGAUCAUAUGGGGAUCCCUGCCGUUUCUGAAGCUAAGAUGUUUGCCAGCAGCCUCUGGCAGGUGCAGCGCUUGCUGCAUGGCUCCACCAGCCACGUACUACUGCCCGUGGGCCUGGUGGCGGUGGCUGCUGUCCUGGUUCUCUACAAGCACUCGCAGGAUGACAGCGGCGGAGAUCCGACCAAGACCUUCCUGGCAUUGAUUGUAGUGCAAAUGCUUCCCUUGGUCUUCCUGGAGAAGCAAAUCCUCUCGUGCCCGGACCCUGUGGCCAUGCUCUCGCGCUUCGGCGCCAAGGUGCUGCUGAUGCACGCGUGCUUCCUGGCACUGCGCAUUUGCACCUGGCCUUUGCUGGAGGUGGGCAUCGGCUACUGCAACUUGCUGGGCUUCCUGGGUGUGGCGCUGGCGCUCUUCCAAGGCUUUGGCUUCCGCCCCUCGCAGCUGCUGCAGCACCGGGAUCUCUUGGGCCUGGUGCUGCUGGGCGUUGGCGGGGCCUUUCUCACAGAGGUGGUGGACUUCUACAGUCACCAGACAUUGCUGGAGAGCACCAUCUUCACUGCUGCCAACUACAUCGAGAUCUUGGCCUUCGUGCCGGCGGUGUGGAUGGUGCACCACACCGUGAAGAAGGGAGAGGACUGGAGCAGCAUCACCGCAGCGAGGCAGUCUCAGGCAUUGGCCUUCUUUGCCUUUUUGGUGCUCUUCUACAUCAUGGAGGACCUCAUCUCCGCCUACCGCCUCUACCAAGUGGAGCCCUUGGGCUCCGCAGGCCACGUGGUGCACUUCCUGCUACUGCUGGAUUUUGCCUGCUUCGUGCUGGCCCACAUCUACAACGCCGAGGGCGUCUCUGGCAGUUUACUGCGAUUCUGGGGCCCAACACAGCACUGGGUCUGA